GAUACUUGCAAUGCAUUCACUGACGACCGUACGUGGUCCGCUCCGCUCGCUCACACCUACCAUACACCCUGUCUGUCACGUCUACACACGUACGCAUAUAUACAUAUGCAACCAUGAGCACGGGAGGCAACAAGGGACGGAGGGAGGGAGGGAGAGCUGUCAGGACGGCCGGGGCCCGGUGGCUUGUAUAUAUGUGUGUGUGUGUGUGUGUGUACAGGUCAACCAACAGACGACAAGAGGGUGGUUGUGGUGGUGGAAGGCUGGCCUCAAACAGCACACGGGCACCGAACCAAGGGAAAGAAAGACUGUCGGAAGUGCCAGCCAGGAAGGAAGACGGACAGGCGCAAAAAGAGCAAGGCGCAUCAAUCGGUGGGUGGCUACAAGCACGGGAAAAUGGGCGCACCCACCAAGGGGUCUGUCUGUCCGUCUCGGCGGUUAAAAGGUUGCUGUAGGUGAAUGGUGCUGAGUAAGUGUAUGUGUAUGUGUCUGUGGUACACAUCCCAUCUCCCCAGUCACUCAGGCGGCACAUGCACCUGAGCAACCAAAGGAACACAUUGUCUCUCUCUCUCUCUCUGUGUGUGUGUGCGUGCGUGUGUGUGUGUGUGUGUGCGUCUGCCGACCCACCCCGUGUUGCGCUGCAUCCUCGACCCACUGCUUCAGCGUCAGCUGCUCGCCAUAGUCCAGGUCCAGCCACUCCUGCAUGUGCUCAUACAUCUUCUCGUCAUCCAGCUCACUCAUCGUCUGCAGAGCGCGCCCACUCAUCUUGUACUGCAACAAGCCGCCAGGCAGCCGAGCAAAACAGAUAGACAGACAGACAGACACCACCGUAUGCCACACGUGUGUCAGCAUUGGAUGCCUCCCUUCCCUGUGACCUUUUUCAGUUUCAACGCCAUGCCAGACAUGACCUCAUCGGGGUCGGAUGCGAAGACUCUCACCACCUGCUGGAGGGUCAGCUGCACUAGAGGUGUACCCUGCACACGCCCACGACCCCCACCGCCCCCAGCACCACGGCCAUGGCCACGGCCGCCACGGCCGCCAAGCCGACCCCCACCAGCAGAUGCAGAUCCAGACGCCGACGUAGACGCUUGACGACUAGACGACGCAGACGAGGCACCUGAAAGAAUGAACGGAUGGAUGGCGACACAAUCCAUAGGAUCGGACCCACUCGUCGUUUCGGCUGGGUGUGUCAUAGGUAUUGGUACCUGUCGCCUUCUUCCGCUUUGCUGCAGACUUUGGCACCGACUUCGCUGCGAUCUCUAUUGUGCGCUUCUUGUUCUUGGGCUGCUGGGGUGUCUCCUUGGCCUUCUGCUGCUUCUGCUUCUGCUCCGCCAGCCGAUAGAGCGGUCGGCCUUCGGCAUACGAUGGCAGGAUCGGCUGCUUGUCCUGCUGACGCUUCCGGUUCCUCGUGAUGCGGUGGAAGGGGUCCUGUUCCUGAACCUCUUCCUCCUCCUCGACAGUGUCGUGUUGCUGCCGCUGGGCAGUGUCGUCCAUCGUGGCGGCGGCGGUGGUGGUGUCUGCUGCAGUGGCGGGGGGACCGGACACCGUACCAACCUGAGGGCACACACCCAGGGAGGCACAGAGAGAAGGAGGCAAUACACGUGUGUGGAUGUUGAGACAUGUGCGCAAUCACUUGUUUCCCUCUUGCCCUCGGUGUGUACCUUGGUCUGCAGCACUCGGAGCCCUGACGGAGCGGAGAUCGGCACGAGAUGCGCUGAUGGAUGUGCAACUGCCUCACACCCACACACACAGAGAGGGAGGGGAGGGGAGGGGAAAGGCCGGAUGAUGCGGCACGAUGCUGUGAGCGGAUGCAGGCUCUCUGUCUGUCUGUCUUCCUCGGCAGAUCUGACAGCUCUUUGUGAGGGAGCUCACCUCGUUCUACGUGGCGAUGUGGCAGACCACCGCACCUCUAUCACUGCGCCGACGCUAAGACGCUCACACAGAAAGGCGCGUCAUCCAAAUCGCUCCGACGGAUCGCGCAAAUUUCCGUUCGUCGAAAGAAGAGGUCCGCACCUGCACACCGACAACGGCGGCAAGAAGGCGCAUUUGGUCAGGCAUAACCGAACAGGCAGACAGCACCGACGCACCUGAUCUGACGACGCUGUGUGUGCAGCGGAGGGGGCGCCACACGCGCCGUUCGUCCACUGGCCUGGCCGCACCACCGACGCAAGCAGCAGAUGACCAACAAGCCCUGAUCAACGACGUGGGCAACUGAGAGAUUUCGGCGAGCACGCCAGACGCCGCAUGAGAGAGCAUUAGGCGGCUGUGCGGCUGCCGUUCAUGGGAUGCCGUCGGCGAAGUGCCUUGGCGGCCAUCGCAGCUGACCGCCACUGCGUCAGAGGAGCAAGACCUCAGGGACCCUCUUACACGGCCGCUGUCCGUCGACGUCUUCAGUCAGUUGACUUGGCCGGAGAGACUGCCGAGCCCCCGGGCGGCAAGGGCGGUGCUGCAGUAAUGAGCGGGCGGCGUCUGAGAGGCCAAGGGGACGCCGUGUGGGUCACCAGACGAGAGGGAUGAGCGGAGCAAAUGAGCACACUGUCAGGAGAGCGAAGAGGGUGAGGUGAGAAGGUGAGCCAGCAAUCCACAGCAUCACAUCUCACGGCGUCCUCGAUGUCUGACUGUGUCCGGGAGGAUUGGACGGGAGGGAGAUCUUCUUGUGUGCG